AGACUCUACGUGAAUGCGAGAAUAGGUUGUAAUACUACUUGGUUGUGGUUGUACUUUGUCCAGAUUCAACUUUCAUUACAUUUUUCUAAACACUUCUAUGUUCUGUUUUCAUGAAUCUUAACAUUUUUCAAAUUUAUUGUACCCGUGUAGCAAACGAGCCGAACUGGGCCGCCUCACAUUUAUAGAGAAAUCAUUUACUAUCCUUGCUAGUAAUAAGGAGCUAAACCAACGAGUUCGAAACGUUACAAAAUUCGGCUAACUUAGAAGACAGGAGGAGAGAGAACGAUCGGAACUAGGGUUUGAAACCAAAGACCGUCGGUGAGUCCUAGGAAGAAGCUCAAAAUGGAAUUCGUAGCUAAUAACAAGGAAAUCGAGAACAAGUUUCUUUCAACUGCCAACGCUCAAUCAGUGCCCGAUCUUUCAUCAACUGGUUUCCAUCCUCUCAAGCACAAUUUUGUUUUUUGGUACACUCGUCGAACACCUGGAGUUCGAACUCAAACAUCAUACGAGGACAAUAUAAAGAAAAUAGUGGAAUUUAGUACGGUUGAAGCCUUUUGGGUCUGUUAUUGCCAUUUGGCUCGACCAUCAUCUUUGCCCAGCCCAACCGAUUUGCAUCUUUUCAAGGAAGGAAUUCGCCCGUUGUGGGAGGAUUCUGCUAACUGCAGUGGUGGAAAGUGGAUAAUACGAUUCAAGAAGGUUCUCUCUGGUCGCUUUUGGGAGGAUUUGGUUCUAGCAUUGGUGGGCGACCAACUUGAUUAUGGCGAUGAUAUAUGUGGCGCGGUACUAAGCAUUCGGUUCAAUGAGGACAUAUUGAGCGUGUGGAAUCGCAACGCAUCUGAUCAACAUGCUGUAAUGGCUUUGAGAGAUUCGAUAAAGCGGCACCUAAAGCUUCCCCAUAGCUAUGUGAUGGAGUACAAGCCCCACGAUGCUUCUCUGCGUGACAACUCGUCGUAUAGAAACACUUGGUUAAGAGGAUAGGGACGUGCCGAUCCACUGAUAGCCAGAACGGAAUUUGCAAUUCGUGGCAUGCACUUUGUUUCACCCUUCUGUUAAAGUGUUUCAUUCGCAUGGAGAAUCAUGGUCACCACCGGUUGACUCUAAUAGAUCUUAGCAAUGUCUGGUGUUUCGAUGGAUGUAACCACCAGUUCACAUGUUGAAUCUCAUGAUGUUACUCAAUUGUUGGUAUGUCAUGUUUAAUUGUAGCUUGAGCAAGGGAUGUAUUAUGUGCUCAAGGGAUGUAUUAUGUUCAUGCUCUCUCUCUCUCUCUCUCUCUCUCUCUCUCUCUCUCUCUCUCUCUCUCAUUACUUUAUUCAGGCCACAGGAAUUCAGGAUUUUCUUUUCUGUCUUUUUGAGAUUCAGUGGUGUCUACCCGAAUGUGCUAA